AUGCCUUCGAGAAGUCUACCACUGAAUGCGGUCAAACAUUUUGAGAUGUGUGGCCAACAAUUGGUGGCAUUCAGGGGUGGAUCGGGUGUUGUCCACGUGUUGUCCGCCUAUUGUCCACAUUUGGGCGCAAAUCUCGGUAUUGGCGGACAUGUGGUGACUGAAUCGGGCGACGACUGUAUUCAGUGUCCAUUCCAUGGCUGGAGGUUUGGCGGAGACGGACAGUGCAAACGCAUACCAAAUCUCAACGGUGUGUUCAUAAGCUCGGACCCCGACCACUAUCCCGAGGACUUUCUCGCCAAAUAUGGUCACAAUCUCUCGUUUAGAUUCUAUUAUUCGAGACAUAUGGACAGUAACUUUGAAGUAGUGGGCGAGAAUUGCGGUGACCUGGAGCACUUUGCUCGCCUACACGGAUCGGUGGUACCGUACUUAACGACUACAAAAUUCUCUUUUGACACAACACGCAGUGCUGACAAUGAAAUCGCCGGUUUCGCCACUAUCUAUGUAUUGGGCUUCAAGUUAAUCACUCAGCCCUGGAAAUUGUGGUUCGGCUCACCUGUUAUGGUGCACCACAAGUUAGGAUACGACAACUCACUGCUGGGACCUGUAUUAGGUGUGCUCAAUGCCGUACCGUUGCACCAUGGCCAAACACGAUUAACAACAAUGAUAUACAGCAAGCCAACCAUUUUGCACAGACUAUGGGCUAUAUUUUAUUUCUAUUUGCUAAAUAUUCAGGCUGAUGCCGAUAUGGAAGUGUGGGUCAAUACCCAGAAGCUGAAGCGCCCCAUAUUUACCCGCAAUGACGACCUGAUACAGUUGUAUAGACGCUAUUGUCAACGAUUUUACGCUAAAUAA